AUGCCAGUCACAGAAUUCGCAUCCCUCUCGUUGAUCCCCCCUAAUACACUAUCCGACCCCCAUAUAAUAGAUUUCUUCUCCAAGGUUUCUUCCUGGCAAUCAUCCUCUUCAGGUUAUCCGUUAACUUUCUUCACAAAUCCAGCAGAGCCUGCUGAGAUCUACCUCAUCACUGGAUGGGAUGACGUGCGCGCUCAUGAAAGAUGGAUAGCUAGCUCUAGAAAUCAGGAGCUUCUUCAAAUCGCGGAGGCGUUCCUCAACAUUAUUGGAAUGGUUCACUUGGACCUGGAUUUUAAUGAAUUCCCAGCGGGAGCCGAGUCACUGGUUUACUACGUGAGGUCCACUGGAGCCGCGAAGGGUGUAUCAGAGGAGGCAAAAUCAAAGAGUGUGACAUCAAUACAGUGUGGUUGGACUGGGCACGGGAGGGAUGUGCAAGAUAUUAGCACCGGGGUUUAUUAUUUCGCGGAAAGUGAUACCCACUUGGAGGAUGGUGGAAAGGAGGACACAGUGCACGCAAGGACCCAUUUGAAGAGGGUGAAGUUCACUUGA